AACACCAGCAGUAACUGUCAAAGAAUGAUAAGAAUGUGUCAAAACGUUGUUUUCUCAAUUUAUCAACACAUGUUUUCUUAACCUAAGUUUCUCAAAUUUGAGUAUAGAUAACAAAGAUUAUCCAUUUCUAUACGAAUCUUUUGUCUAUAAUGGUGAAAAGAUGACAAAUGUUGCUCCAGGUGUUUGUGCUAUUAAGGCAGAAUUCAUAAUUCAAAGACCCGAUAAAUGCAACAAUGUUCAAGAAUCUGAAACAUCCUUAAAAAGAAAGUUAGAUAGCGAAAACGGUUACAAAGAAGAAAAAAUUAAACAUGAAGAACCGCCCUACAAAAAUAAAAAGAGAGGUCAGAAUAAAGCAAGACCUAAGACAUUCAAAGAUGAAAUACAAAAUAAACCUUGCCCUAGAAUAUUAGACGUAAGUACAAGCGACGAAGAAAAAAAAUGUCAAUUUACCAACUGCAAAUACAUUCACAACGCUUUAGACUAUUUAAAAGUUAAGCCUCCAGAUAUAGGAGAAAAAUGUCGAUUAUUUGAUAUUCGAGGGAGGUGUCCGAGAGGAAUAGCAUGCCGCUUUGGCUCAUGUCACAUCACGCCUGAAGGCUUUAAUAUAACUGAUAACAGUAAAAUUAAAGAAUGGAAGGAUGAUACCAAAAACACACUGCAAAAUUCAAUUCAGAUACAGUUGCAAAAGAAAAAAUAUGAUUUUAGUCUAGCUGAAAAUAUUGUUAAAAGUUUUAUUAAAAAUACACAAAAAAUCGACCCUACAAAUGAUAACAAACAUGACAACAGUGGCACAAUAACCAAUGAAGAUUUAAUAAAACUAAAUUUCCGUGAGAAAAAGAAAAUAGAUUGGCGCGAUAAGUUGUAUCUUAGCCCUCUCACAACAGUGGGAAAUCUUCCUUUUAGAAGAAUAUGUAAAGAUUUUGGUGUUGAUAUUACAUGUGGAGAAAUGGCCCUCUGUGAACCAUUAUUAAAAGGUUUAAAACAGGAAUGGGCCUUAGUGAAAAGGCAUGAAUGUGAGGACCUAUUUGGUGCUCAAAUUUGUGGAACCAAUGCAUACAUCAUCACCAAGGUUGCACAAUUAUUACAAGAAAAUACAGAACUUGAUUUUAUUGAUCUAAAUUUAGGAUGUCCUAUAGAUUUAAUCUAUAAGAAAGGUGGUGGUUGUGGUAUGAUGCAUAGACUACCUGGUUUAGAGGCAUCUAUCAAAUCUGCUUCAAAACUAUUAGAUAUACCCUUCACUGCCAAAAUAAGAACUGGAGUGUACCAAGAUAAAAAAAUUGCCCAUACUAUUAUCCCUAAAAUGUUUGAAUGGGGAGUAUCACUUGUAACUUUGCAUGGUAGGUCACGAGAGGCUAGAUAUACUAGAUCAGCGGACUGGGAGUAUAUAGAAACCUGUGCAAAAGCUGUAACACCAAACCCUGUCUUUGGUAAUGGUGAUAUAUUAAGUUAUGAGGACUAUAUUCAAAAAAGAGAAGUAGCACCAUCAACACAAGGUGUCAUGAUUGGUCGCGGUGCACUUAUUAAACCUUGGAUAUUUACAGAAAUUAAGGAGCAAAAAAUUUGGGAUAUCAGUAGUAAAGAAAGAUUUGAAAUCAUUAAAAAAUUUACUAACUAUGGACUUGAACAUUGGGGCUCUGACACACAGGGGAUUGAAAAUACGCGCAGAUUUUUAUUAGAAUGGUUAUCAUUCCUGUACAGAUAUGUACCAGUAGGUUUAUUAGAAAGACCACCACAAAAAAUUAAUGAAAGGCCACCAACAUAUAUAGGCAGAGAUGAUUUAGAGACUCUAAUGGCUUCAAGUAAUUGUAGUGAUUGGGUAAAAAUUAGUGAAAUGUUUUUAGGUCCAGUACCUGAUGGUUUUGUGUUUUUACCUAAACAUAAAGCCAACUCCUAUUAAUAAUGUACAUUAGAAUAUACUAACCAAGGACUCUUGUAACACCCAGUGUGAUAUUUUCAUAAAAUGAGUCUUCUGAUACUAAAUCUACA